AUGGCUAGGCCGAAGAGAUCUAACUCUGCGGCGAGUGAAGAGAGCACGGCGACGGUUCGCGAUCAGGAGUUGGGGAGCAUGUAUGACUAUUUGGCCAAGAUCAUCCUCCUAGGACCCAGCGGGACUGGAAAAUCCUGCCUCCUCCACCGCUUCGUCAAGAACGAAUGGCGCGUCCUCUCCUCGCAGACAAUCGGCGUCGAAUUCGCCUCCAAGAUCAUCAAGGUCGGCACAGGUGCGCGCCGCAAGCGGAUAAAGCUGCAGCUGUGGGAUACGGCCGGCACGGAGCGCUUCCGAUCCGUCUCGCGGUCUUACUAUCGUGGCGCCGCCGGGGCGGUGCUGGUGUACGACGUGACGUCGCACGCAUCGUUUGACGCGCUCCCCGCAUUCCUCAACGAUGCGCGCGCCCUGGCGAGUCCGAACCUGACGCUGCUGCUGGCUGGCAACAAGGUCGACCUGGCGCAGGAUGACCUGAUGGCGUUUGGCGAUGAUGCGGACGAGCCGCCGCAGUCGAGCGGGGCCAGUCAGCUCUCGAGCAGCUUCCCCGCGGGCACGAGCGUAGCGAGCAGUAGCUCGGCGUGGGGUGGUGGUGGCGGCGCCGGCCUCGGCACGCAGAUGAGAGCGUCGACAGCGCCGGAUGGGAGGGAGGUCGGCGCGGCCGAGGCGAGCCGGUGGGCGAGCGCUGCAAGGAUCCCCGUGGCCGUAGAGGUGUCGGCGCUGAGCGGGGAUGGGGUGGACGACAUAUUCGCACGGCUGGCGAAGCAGAUCCUGACAAAGAUCGAGCUCGGCGAGAUCGACCCAGACGAUCCUAUGAGCGGGAUCCAGUACGGUGACGCGGGUGUGUCUUGGGGACCGGGGAGCGAUGUUGCGAGCAUAAAGAGCAGCAUGACGGGGGAUGAUGGAGGGGGCACGAGGAGGCGGCGGGGUCGGGGGAGGAAGAACGUCAUGGCGUUGAGAGAAUGGGAGGAGGUCUUUACGCUCAAUAGGGGAAGGAGAGGGGCAAACUGUUGUUGA